AUGUGUUCUCUGAACCUUGUUCUCAACAAGAGAGACCUCAUUAAGAUGGAGCUGCUGCUGCUGGAGACGUUCAGCUGGAACCUGUGUAUGCCCACCCCAGCCCACUUCAUAGACCACUACCUCCAGGCCUCGGUGCAGGAGGGAGACCUGUACAACGGCUGGCCUCUCUCCUCCCUCUCCAAGACCAAAGGCUUUAUGGACAAGUACACACACUACUUCCUGGAGGUGUCACUGCAAGGUGAGGGGUGAUGAGGUGGAUGGAGGGAUUGAAGGAGAGGUGAUGGAUGGGGUGAAGGAAUGAGAGCGCAGGGGGAGAGGUUCAAGAAUGGAGGGGGGGGGAAAUAGAGGGACUGUGUAGCCUCCUGUGUUCCUCUAGACCAUUUCUAACAGCCUGUCUGUGUUCCUCUAGACCAUUUCUAACAGUCUGUCUGUGUUCCUCUAGACCAUUUCUAACAGUCUGUCUGUGUUCCUCUAGACCAUUUCUAACAGUCUGUCUGUGUUCCUCUAGACCAUUUCUAACAGCCUGUCUGUGUUCCUCUAGACCAUUUCUAACAGCCUGUCUGUGUUCCUCUAGACCAUUUCUAACAGCCUGUCUGUGUGCCUCUAGACCAUUUCUAACAGUCUGUCUGUGUUCCUCUAGACCAUUUCUAACAGUCUGUCUGUGUUCCUCUAGACCAUUUCUAACAGUCUGUCUGUGUUCCUCUAGACCAUUUCUAACAGUCUGUCUGUGUUCCUCUAGACCAUUUCUAACAGUCUGUCUGUGUUCCUCUAGACCAUUUCUAACAGCCUGUCUGUGUUCCUCUAGACCAUUUCUAACAGCCUGUCUGUGUUCCUCUAGACCAUUUCUAACAGUCUGUCUGUGUUCCUCUAGACCAUUUCUAACAGUCUGUCUGUGUUCCUCUAGACCAUGCAUUCCUGAGUUUCCGUCCGUCUCAGGUGGCGGCGGCAUGCGUAGCGGCGUCUCGUAUCUGUCUCCAGAUUUCUCCUAGCUGGACCACGUCUCUACACCUACUGACUGGAUACACCUGGGAGCACCUCACCCAGUGCAUCAAACUCAUGCUGCUGUAAGUCUCUCUCUGUCACUCACACACACACACCUGGGAGCACCUCACCCAGUGCAUCAAACUCAUGCUGCUGUAAGUCUCUCUCUGUCACUCACACACACACACCUGGGAGCACCUCACACACUGCAUCAAACUCAUGCUGCUGUAAGUCUCUCUCUGUCACUCACACACACACACACACACACACACACACACACACACACACACACACACCUGGGAGCACCUCACACACUGCAUCAAACUCAUGCUGCUGUAAGUCUCUCUCUGUCACUCACACACACACACUCACACACACACACACACACACACACACACACCUGGGAGCACCUCACCCAGUGCAUCAAACUCAUGCUGCUGUAAGUCUCUCUCUGUCACUCACACACACACACACACACACACACACACACACACACACACACACACACACACACACACCUGGGAGCACCUCACCCAGUGCAUCAAACUCAUGCUGCUGUAAGUCUCUCUCUGUCACUCACUCACUCACACACACACACACACUCACACACACACACACACACACACACACACACACCUGGGAGCACCUCACCCAGUGCAUCAAACUCAUGCUGCUGUAAGUCUCUCUCUGUCACUCACACACACACACACACACACACACACACACACACACACACACACACACACACACACACACACACCUGGGAGCACCUCACCCAGUGCAUCAAACUCAUGCUGCUGUAAGUCUCUCUCUGUCACUCACUCACUCACACACACACACACACACACACACACACACACACACACCUGGGAGCACCUCACCCAGUGCAUCAAACUCAUGCUGCUGUAAGUCUCUCUCUGUCACUCACACACACACACACACACACUCACACACACACACACACACACACACACACACACACACACACUCACUCACUCACUCACUCACUCACUCACUCACUCACUCACUCACUCACUCACUCACUCACUCACUCACUCACUCACUCACUCACUCACUCACUCACUCACUCACUCACUCACUCACUCACACACACACACACACCUGGGAGCACCUCACCCAAUGCAUCAAACUCAUGCUGCAUUGUCUCUCUCACACAGAGCAGACACACACACCUGAGUGCAAUUGCAUGCUUGUAUGCACAGACAUACUCGUAUGCAUUUGACCGAGCCAAACUCCAUGCUAAUUCUCUCAUUGCUCACGUAGGUUAACUGUAAAAACAUGACAAUCCACUGUCUGCUUUCUCAGAUAAUAACAAAUGUCUUGUUCUACCUCCCGUCUCUCCCCCUCUUCUCCACAGUGCCCAUGACAGUGAUGUGAAGGAGGCCAACAAACCCAAAUCCACCCCUCCGUUGUCUCGUUCCUCCUCUCUCCAGUCCCACCCUCCUCCCUCUCACCUCUCCCCGGUCCCAGCCAUCCAGAGACCAGCUACCUCCUCCACCUCCACCUCCCAGCAGCUCCUCUUCCAGCCCGGCCCAGUGGGCUUCCCACACCUCUCCCCCUCCCUGUCCCAGCUCCACGCGCUAGCGGACUCCCAGGCUUUGGAGCCUGCUGGGGUCAACAUGUCCCAGGACUUCCUCCAGAGCCACAGGAUGGGGCUGCUCACUGGGGCCACCACCAUGACCUCCACAGCAAGGGCCUUCCCCUCCUAUCCUAGCCUGACUUCGGGGCUCCAGCCUGGGGCUCGGGUGGCACCGCUGGCCUUGCAGGGCCCCAUCUCCAUACAGGUAGCCUUGGCAGCGGAGCCGCGACACUGCCUCAGCAUGGCCUACAGCGGGGGGUACCUGGGGGGCGUGGGCUUCACGGCAGCGGGCUGCUUCGACAGGUGA